AUGAUGAACACUAUAGCUUCGAUCGCCUCAACCUUCGAUUCCAUUUUCUUCACCGGUGGUAACGGAGGAGUCAAGAAGCCACAUCGUUACCGUCCUGGAACCAUCGCUGUUCGUGAGAUUCAUAAAUCUAGUGAAGAUGAGAUUAGAGCCGAGAAGAAUCCUCGCCCAUUUGAUGAAGAUGAUAUCGCUCUCGUAAAGAAUUAUAAGUUCAAGUUGUGGAGACAUGUGACUGAGGCUAAGAAGAAACAUUCAGAGAAGAAGGUGACGAAGUCUGAUGAACCUAAGCCAAAAAGACUUAGAAUAGCCAAGGAUACGAAGAAGAGCUCUUCUACCUUAAACAUGCCCAAACGACCUCUUACGGGCUUCUUUAUCUUCGUGAAUAUAUUCUGUCAUUCUUUUUGACGAGAGCAUCUAAGUUCUCUCAUUAAGGAUGUUGCAAAGAUCGGUGGUGGAAAGUGGACGUCUAUGACUGAGGAAUUGAGUUGCUUUAUUAUCUUGUUUCUUUGUUAGUUUCAUGGCGAUUUGUUUCUCUUUGUAGUUUAUCUCAUAAAUUAGUACUUUGUUGUGUAAGAGUAAUAGUUAGAUUUUUUUGUAUAAGACUUGUUAUAUAUGUUUUGUGUAAUGAAUAUUUUUGAUAAUUUA